GACCAGCGGGGGAGACAGAAAAAGGGGGAAGAAGGGAAGGAGGAAGGAGAGGAGUACGGAGGGAGAGGUUCUUGGGGAAAAGCAAGGGGCAGAGCGGCUCCAGGGAGCCAAGGGGCUGCCUGCGUCCGAUGCCAAGUGUCGCUGAGGGGUGCUGAGGGUACAGCUGAGUGGAGCAGCUCUCGUGGUCUCCUCCCGGCUCUCAACAUGAUGAAGAGGCAGUUUAAUCGGAUGCGGCAGCAGCUGUCCCAUCCCAACAUCACCAGCCGAACCCAAGAAGCAACCGAGCUCCUGCCAGAAGAUUUGCUGCAGAUUGAGCAGAGGAUCGAGCCGGCCAAGCGAGCAGCUCACAGCGUGUCCAAGAGGCUCCAAGCCUGCCUGCAGGGGCAAUGCGGCUCUGAGAUGGACAAGCGAGUGAAGAAGCUGCCCUUGAUGGCUCUGUCCACGACGAUGGCUGAGAGCUUCAAGGAACUUGACACAGAGUCCAGCCUCGGGAAAGCUCUGGAGAUGGGCUGCUGCAUACAGAGCUCGCUGGCCAAAAUCCUGGCUGAGUUUGAGAUCGCCCUGGAGCAUGAUGUCCUGCAGCCACUCAACAAGCUCAGUGAGGAGGAGCUUCCCAUCAUCCUAAAGCGCAAGAAGACCCUCCAGAAGUUGAUCUCUGACUGGAACACCAUCAAGAGCCGGCUGAACCAAGCUGCCAAGAGCUCCAGUAACAUCACUGGCACCGUUGCUGGCCCGGGGGCAUCUUCUGCUGCCAACAAACUGGAGGUCUUGAAGGAAGAGGAGGAGGAGGUGAAGAGGAAGGUGGAGCAGUGCAAGGACGAGUACAUGGCUGACCUCUACCACUUCUCCACCAAAGAGGACAGCUACGCCAGCUACUUCAUCAGACUCCUGGAAAUCCAAGCUCAGUACCACCGGCAGUCCCUGGGAUCACUGGACUCGGCUCUGGCGGAGCUGAAGGAAAGCCACAGCCAGACAGAGCCCUCCUUCACUGCAGACACUCCGGUGGCAGGGUACUACGGCGUGCCCCUAGAGACGCACCUCAAGAGCUUGGGCCGGGAGAUCGCGCUGCCCAUUGAAGCCUGUGUCAUGAUGCUGCUGGCCUCUGGCAUGAGGGAGGAGGGACUCUUCCGGCUGGCGGCAGGCGCCUCGGUGCUCAGGAAGCUGAAGAGCAGCUUGGCCAGCGGCUCCAAUGCCCUGGAGGAGUUUUACUCGGACCCGCACGCUGUGGCCGGUGCGCUGAAAUCCUACCUGAGGGAGCUGCCCCAGCCUCUGAUGACCUUCGAGCUCUACAACGAAUGGGUCAAAGUGGCCAGCUUAAAGGACGUUGAGGACCGUGUACAGAGCCUACAAGAGACCUGCAGCCACCUGCCCCGGGACAACUACAACAAUCUGAGGUAUCUCAUCAAGUUUUUAGCCAAGCUAGCUGAGCACCAGGAGGUGAAUAAAAUGACCCCCAGCAACAUCGCCAUCGUGCUGGGCCCCAACCUGCUGUGGACGCAGCAGAGCACAGCAGACCCUGUGCAACUGGACUUGGCCUCCGUCUCCUCCAUCCAGGUGGUGGGCGUGGUGGAAGCCCUCAUCCAGAAUGCGGACACCCUCUUCCCCGGAGAGGUAGAUUUCAACGUCUCAGGCAUGUUCACGCCACCUGCAAACAGCGAACUUGGCGAGGCCACCCCAGUGGAAGAGCCAUCCCCUGAGCCCCCUCCAGCCAGCACCCCCACACUCUCGGAUGGCGAGGCCACCUCGAGGGACCCCGAGGCCAGGUCCCAGCCAGCAUCCCUACCGGUGACCAGACCAUCUUCUGAAGCUGCAGGGCCACCAGCUCCGCAGAUGACUGACGACACCAUCCGCAAAGGCAAGCGCCCGGCUCCAGCCCGACCCACCAUGCCACCGCCACCCGUGGCCCAGCCCCGGACCUUGGCUCCCACCCCGGCGGCCCCGGAGCAGGCAGCCAGCCCCAAAGCCCGGCCACGACGGAUGGCCGGGGCGCCCAGCCGAGCCCCCUCCGUCCCACCGCCGCUGCCCCCCCAGCCAGCACGUCGCCACAGCCGAGACGCCCCGCCGUCGCCCAGGCCUCCUGCCGGCGAGGCCACGGUGGUGGCUACCAUGGACUGUGCCCUGGGAGCCACAGACGAGGGGCAGCCAUUGCCUGCAGGAGGAAGAAGCCCCACGGCCACAUCGCCGCCAGCAGGACAGCCCACAGAGGAGAACUGAGCAGGGACGGGGGGACGGGGAGACGGGGUCCAGUGCCCCUCUGGGGCCCAGCAGGCACUGUGGAAAUGCCAGGGUGCCCUGAGGGAUGGCGUGCCCCCUGCAGCUCCUCCAUCUUGCUCACCCCUCUCCACAGAGCCUUCCUCCCCACGCCGCCAUGUCCUUGCCAGCAACCCAGGUUCCAGGCCCUGCCACCCCUAAGGGACCCAGCUCCUGGCCCAGGUUCCCCCGAUCGGGGAUGAGCCACCCCUGCGGGUCCCCAUGCCUGGGGAGCCGGAGGGGGAGAGGCGGGGACGCUCCCCGGCUCUGCCUGCAGUCUUUGGGCCGGUAUGGGCAGGCAGGCCCUGUGGCGCCAUUUGCAGGCACACAGCCACCCCCCCAGUCCUUUCUGCCCCAUUUUGCCUUAAAACAUGUUGCGCCUGGAACAGACGGGCACAGACAGACAAAGCCAUAUGAAUACACAUAUAUAUAUAUUUUGCAACUAAAUUAUUUAAAGAGCUGGUGUGACAGCCGCAGGCAGGUGUGAGCAGGGCGCACUCGGCAGCCCGAGGUGCUGGAGGCCGCCUGCCUGGGCAGGCCGCAGCCGGGAGGAGAGAAGGGGAGCUCCCCGGGGACGCCAAGAAGGAGAGGCACGGCUCAGCCCCAGGGCGGGAGGGCCGCCGGCUGCCCCGGCCCGCGGAGGGACGGGGGCGGAGGGGUAAUGGCGGCUCCGCUGCCCACA